AUGUGGACUUCAAAGAAAUCUCCACCAAGACUUUUGGAUGAACCACUACUUGAUCCAGCAUAUGUUAUUCAACAAGGCGUUGAAAGUGCUAAAGAAAAGGAUGCUGAAGGCGUUGCUCACACAGAUUCAAGUGAUGCUGAUGAUGAAUCAACUGAUACAGAGUCUGAGAUUGAUAAGUCAAAGAUUAGUGUUGGAAAGAUUACGUUGAAAAAGAAGCCUCAGAAGAAGAAGAAGAAGAAGAAGAAGAAGGGUUCUGAUGAAGAGGAUGAGACGUAUAUUCCUACACCACAAGCAGAGAAAAAGAAAGGUGUUCUGAAACGAAAAGCAAACCCUCAAGGUGUUAUUUCUAGGAGGGUUAGAGCAAGAAAGGGAUCUGCAUCGGUUCCUAAGAUUCAAAGUGGCAAAAGUGAGAAGCAUGUUAAAACUUCAAAGGGUCCUCAAGCUGACAAAGAUCAAAAUGUUGAAGCUUCUGAAGUUCAACAAGUUCAAAAUACUGCAGAGGUUCAAAGUGUUGAAAAGAAUGUUGAAAAGAAAGCUGGUGAUGAUGAUGAAGUUGUUAUUACUGGUGAAAGAGUAUCUACACCACCACCAGAAAAUCCAACCAUUCAUAUUCCAGAUGAUGCAGAGAUGUCAAAACCAAAGAAAACUACUCCUCCUGGCUUAUUUGAAGGUUUUCCUAAUAUUCAUGGUGAAUUCAAGGAUGAUAUUCUUCCUGAUGAAGACUACGACAUGUUUCAUGAUGCAAAGAUCAAAGAUUUGUCAAAGAAAGUAAGUCUUCUGGAGAAAGAGAAAGCAAAAGCUGAAGCUGAGCAUGACGAGUUGAAAAAGCAGCUUGAGAAGACUGUGGAAGUAAAUGAAGAAAUGAAGUCAGUCGUAAAUGAUCAUGCUGAAAGAAUUGAUGCAUUGACAGAAGAUCUGGCUGAUAAUGCUAAACUCAUUGAUCAACUCACUACAGAUCUUGCUGAAGUGAAUGCAGAGUAUGAGAACCUGAGAGAAACAAGCCAGACACUGCAUCAAAUGUUAGAUGAUCUUCAUGAAGUGUCUUCCAAUGAAAACAAAGUGUUAAAGCUGAAAAUUGAAGCUUUGAGAGCAGACAAAGCUGUGAAAGACGAGCAGCUGAACAUGUUAUACACAAUUCAAAGGGUUGAAGAAAGACGAGCUCAGUGGGAAAAAGAGUUGGCUGAGGCAGCAACUCAAAAGAAGAAAGACUUGAUUAUUGAAACUCAAGAAGCUGGAGGUUCUUCAAGUCAGCCUGCAAGUAAUGAUGUUGAAAUGGUAGAUGCCGAAGUAGAUCCUCUACAAAGCUUUGUACUGGUUGGUGAAGCUCUCUCACGUCCAUACAACUUGAAUGAUGUGAUUCGUAUGAUAAAAGUUGAACAAAGAAAAGGAAAUGUUAGAGCAGUUGAUGUAAAUCUUUUGUGUUAUAAAGAAGAUAAGGAGGUUAAUGAAGAAGAGGAAGAAGAAAAAGAUGAGGAGUUAGAGCGUAUUCUUGAAGAUAUUGAUAACUAUCCUGAAGGUAAUGAUGAUGAUGAAGAUCAAGGAGCAACAGGGUUGCUGAUGGUAAAGCCUUCAGUCCAACAAUCGUUGGAUGAUUUUCUUAAUGAUGAAAACAAUGAGAGCAGGAGGAUUGACCAAGUCUCGAGUAUGGUAAACUCGGAUAAGAUAACCAACAGUCGCGAUAUUGAUGAUGCGACACAUGCUAAUGAUGCUACAAUUGUGAACCUCAAUAUUAACAGAGAUGAUCUCCAAGCUUUGAUUGACGCAGCUGUUGGAAAAGCUAUGAGACAGGUCAUGAAAAAGUUCAAGGAGCCCAAUGCUACUUGCUCCAAAUCCCAUUUAAAACGAUACUCCUUGCUCAUGAGAAGAAUUUUGUUCAUGCCUCGAAUGCGAAGGAUGGACUGA